AUGACUCUUCGUCUUGGUAGUAAAGCGCCCAAUUUUAAGGCUAAGACCACUCAAGGUGAAUUUGAUUUUUAUGAAUAUAUUGAUGAAUCUUGGGCAAUUCUUUUCAGUCACCCUGCAGAUUUCACUCCAGUCUGCACCACUGAGCUUGGCGAGGUGGCUCGUCGUCACGAAGAUUUCAAACAACGUAAUGUUAAGGUGAUCGGGAUUUCGGCUAAUGGUUUAGCGGAACACGAGAAGUGGGUUGAAGAUAUCAACGAAGUAAACAACGUUAAACUCUCCUUCCCCAUUAUUGCUGAUGCCGAUCGUCAGGUGGCCACCUUAUACGAUAUGUUGGAUAAGCAAGAUAUUACUAAUGUCGAUACCGCCGGCAUUCCAUUUACCAUUAGAAGU